UUGGGUGGCACCUGGAAGUGUUGCAAGUGGCUAGCAGAAAGCUCUAGCCUCGAAAUGUCGGUGGCACGGCUUGGGAAGGUAGUUCCCAAAACAAGCAUCCUUUUUCUGUGUGAUAUGCAAGAGAAAUUCCGGCCCAACAUCAGCUACUUUCCCCAGAUUGUGUCUGUGGCAGCUCGGAUGCUGAAGGUUGCCAAAACCCUUCAGAUACGCACAGUGGUGACUGAACAAUACCCCCAAGGCCUGGGUCCAACGGUGCCAGAGCUGGGUGCAGAUGAGCUCCCCAAAUACCCCAAGACUUGCUUCAGCAUGAUCAUCCCAGAGGUGGAGAGGGAGAUGGCAGCUGUUCCCAACCUGAAAUCGGUGCUUCUGUGUGGGAUUGAGACACAGGCCUGCAUCAUGAGCACAGCCCUGGACGUCAUGGAGCGAGGCCUGGAAGUUCACGUGGUGGUGGAUGCCUGCUCUUCCCGCAGCCAGGUGGACAGGAUUGUAGCGCUGUCCAGGUUACGCCAGAGUGGCGCCUUCCUCACCACCAGCGAGGGGCUCAUCCUGCAGCUUGUCCGGGACGCUGCCCACCCCCAUUUCCGAGAGAUCCAGAAGUUGAUUAAGGAUCCUGCUCCAGACAGUGGCCUUCUUCGCCUCCUGGCAGGACCAAGCCCUCUUUUCAGCUAGGCCAACAGCUCUAAAUAUGACAAUCUGAUCCUUUUCUUUUAAAGCCUUUCCCACAUCUCUGACACAGCUUGGGUAGGGAGAAACAGAAUCAAGCUAUGCCAUGCUAAAUUUUAAGAAAGGGAGGGGAUGGCAUUGUGGCCUGCCUGGAAAACCCGUGUCCUGAUUCCAAGAUUAUGGCUCUUCCCGUAGUUAUGCAGUGGGAUGGAAGAGUCCCUGUUUUGCACAUGUUCAAGGGCAUAGGCCUAGGUUCAGAUUUAAAGUCUUCCUGUUUUCUGGGGCAGGGUGAGUGAGUAUUGAGGGCCAAGAUGGCAUUUCAAAGCGACUGGGUUUACGUUUUUCAUGACAUUGAAUCUCUGUGCAAAGGUUUAGAAUUCUAUACCUGUAAAACACAAAAUAGCAAAAACAGGAAAAAUAAACCCAUUUCACAGAUUCUGCAACCAGAAAAAUUUCAUGAUCUGCAAUCAGAAUAAAUGAUGCUGAUUUUUUCUUCA